AUGUGCCGGGGUCAGGGGGGGUGGAUGGAGGUGGGGGGCGUGUGUGGGGGGGAGGCUGACAUCUUACAUGGAGAACAUCGACAGGAAAAGGCAACUGCUUACAGAUGUGUCCAGGGAGACAGCCACGUCCAACCCAAGCCCAGCCCCACGUCCAACCCAAGCCCAGCCCCACGUCCAACCCACGCCCAGCCCCACGUCCAACCCACGCCCAGCCCCACGUCCAACCCACGCACCAGCCCCACGCCCAGCCUCACGCCCAGCCCCACGUCCAACCCACGCCCAGGCCCACGUCCAGCCCCACGUCCAGGCCCCGCUCCCACCGGUCACUUCCAAUCUCCGUCUGCCAGAGAGCUGCAGCGACAGAGGCCGGGGAGAGGGAGAUGUUCCUGA